UGUCACAUGACCAGGGGAACGUUCGGGUUCCGGAUGAUCAUCCCCACGCUCUUCUAACAAGUGGCAGUAGCGUCCCGCUGACAUGGCAGGCUGAGCUUGUAGGAACCAUGUCGCUCCCAGCCCCUCGCAUGUCAGCGUUCACGUUUCAGUCGGCCGUGCACAGCGCCCACGUGCUCCGGUGUCUGAACGACCAGCGGCAGCAGGACGUCCUGUGCGACGUGACGGUGGUGGUGGGGGGGGACCGGAGUUUUCGGGCCCACUGCUCCGUCCUGGCCUCCUGCAGUGAAUACUUUCACAGCCGGGUCGCCAGCGUCAUCAGACCGAACGCCAUCAUCACCUUGCCGGAAGAGGUGACCGUGGAGGGGUUUGAACCGUUGCUUCAAUUCGCCUACACAUCCAAGCUGCUCUUCACCAAAGAAAACAUUCACGCCAUUCACAGCAGUGCUGAGUUUUUAGGCUUUCAAGACUUGGAGUCAUCGUGCUUUGAUUUCCUCAUCCCAAAGUUGUCUGGAGGCAGAAGGAGCUCAGAGGAGGUCCACCGGAGAGCCUGCUGUCGGAGCCGGGAUCCCAGCACCGGUUUAGGCUCCAGUGUUGAGAGCAGCCAAUCAAAAUCACCGCUACCUUCAGCAGGAGAUGAACAAACAAACUUCCCAUCCUCGUGUCCUCAGCCCGCUCAGAGCCAGACGAAUGACAGGGAAGACAACUUCUGUCUGGAGAACUGCGGGCCACAAAUGGCCCCCUUAACUCUGGAGUUGACCGCAAGUGGAGUGUGCCCCAUGUUGUCGUUGCCCUGCCCGGACUCCGACAAAGCAGAUCCUCCGUCUCAGUUUUGCGAGAGGGACAUUUUAGAGAUAGGAGACGUGUGUAAUCAAAGUGAGUUCAGCUUGGCAGACUGUGGCUUGCCCUGUGAGCUGUCGACCCCCGGGGACGUGAACCCGCCAGAGCUCAUCGAGCCGGCAGGCGAGGACGUCAAACAGGCGGUGGAGACGCUUGGUGCUGAAACCAACUGUAACCCCGGUUCGUGUCCAGUCAACACAUCAGGGGCAGGAAACUGCAGUGAGUCAUUGGAGCAGAGGGCUGCUGGCCUCGGACAGAGGAUGACAGGUGAUCUCUCAGACCCGGCACUGGCUGCUUUAAGCCCCGCGGAGGGAUUUGGGAAGAGGAGCAGUGUGGAGAGGGAGGUGGCUGAACAUCUGGCAAAAGGAUUUUGGUCUGACCUAUGCCCGACUCAAGGUCAACCCCUCCCCCUGGAUCCCAUGGACCAAAACAAUUUAGCCAAAGCAUCAGACUUUCAUUGGCUUAAGCAGCUGGACUUUAACUCCAGUGCAGGAGACUGCCCUUUCCUCAGGGACCUUGGGACAGGUGAUGACCUCGCUCCACGCACCGACACGUUGUCCCAGACAGAAGAGAGCCCGUGCAUGUCCUCCUCGAUCAACUCUGGGGACGACUCGGACCUGGACACAGAUGGAGACACUGAGGCCAACAAGAAAAGAGCUGCAGAGAUUCAGCUCCCAUUCCCAGUGGAGCAGAUCUCAGCGCUGAGCCGGAGUGCCUUCCAGCAGCUUCUGAGAAACUAUCAGCUGACUCCAGAUCAGCUGGAGUUUGUCCAUGACGUCCGUCGACGAAGCAAAAACCGCGUGGCUGCACAGCGCUGCCGAAAGCGAAAACUAGACAGCAUUCAAAAUCUAGAAUGUGAAAUCAAACGAUUAAAAAGUGAGAAGGAGCUGCUGCUGCAGGAGCAAACGGAGCUGGAGCAGAACCUGGAGGAGAUGCAUCAGAGUCUGUGCGGCUUGUGUAAAAGUGUGGAGUCGGGUUCCGAUCAGGAACACCUGCAGCUUCUUGCCAAGCUCUCCUCGCCGGACUUCACCGUCCCCUCCCCGAGCCGCCUGGUCAAAGCUGAGGAGUCGCACAUCACUAUCGAAAUGGUAAGUUGUUCUGCGGAGUGUGACCCAGAGGCGACGCCUGCAGACUCGGCUCAGAGGGCUUCACCAGAGGCUGGCCCUCUUCCUGAGGAGGCGGGUUCUCCACAGAGCGGCUCUGCUCCUGCAUCUUUUCUCAACACUUGUCUGGACAUGAACAGCAGCUUGUAAUUGGACUCAAGUUCAUCUGUUGAACAUUCAGUAUAGAAUGUUUUCCUCUACUGGGAAAAGACACACGUUUCCUGUGUAUUUCACAGGAGGAUUUUUUGACAUGCAUAAAUGUCAUGGUUCCUUUGUUGUAUUUCUAAUAUGCAUUUCACACAGAAUCCAGUGUUUAUCACCAUUUCAAAGGUGCUGACAAUGUUCAGGUAGUUCCCAAGAUGAUGCAAAUUAGCAGGACUAAUUAACUAAGUUUCUCAGGGACACACUUAACCUGACUGUGUUUUGAUUGCUAAAAUACUUCUCUUUGCACACACCCCCCCCUCCUACACACCCACACAGACUCACAGUGUUCGAUGCCGUGUUCUGUCGUUAUAAGUUUAAAACAUACAGUUUUAUUCCACCGGUAAAUAUGCAAAGCACUAACAAAAGUAUUGUUCAAGGAAACGGUAUCACUAACAUAAUAUGCACAGUUUAAAAGAAUAACUGUCGGCUUACUCCAGUGUUCGUGGAGUGGUUGCAGUUUGACUGAAAGUUUUGUAACAGAGCAUUAGUUAUAGUAUUUGAUGCAAAUAUGUGCCUUAUGCAAUAUGCAGUAGUUUAAUAUGAAUAGAGAAAGGUCACCUUUGUUAGUUCUUGUCUCGAGGACUGUUGCACAUUAACCCAGAGCCUGCUUUCUCUUAUGUCUACUUCUGCCUGCAUGUCCAGUAUUUUUAAAGAAAUGCUUUCACAGGUUACACUUUGAAAUAAACAGCAUUUUGUUACCA